AUGGUUUCCGCAGCAGCUAACGUUCUUGCCACCAUUGGCACGGUUUUAUGGUGUAUUCAGCUUAUUCCUCAGAUCAUUCAUAACUAUAAGCGCAAAAACACCGAGGGACUCAACGAGUGGAUGAUUUUACUGUGGUGUCUGUGUGCUCCGUUCUUUGCCAUCUACUUUGUGUCCGAGGAGAGUUCGAUCCCCAUCCAGAUCCAGCCCCACCUGUUCGGGUUCUUCUGCUGGGUGGUUUAUUUGCAGGUGCUUUACUAUCCGCCAGUGAGCAGAUCGAGAAAGGGUAUCGUGUUACGCGCCGGACUUUUCCUGGUGUUCUGGGUUGCUGCCGAGGUUGGGUUUGUGAUCCCGCUGCGCAGAAUCUACCAGAACGGAACCACCUGGCCCGUGCUAGUGUUUGGAAUUCUGGGGUCUAUCCUGCUCGCUUUAGGACUGCUGCCCCCAUACUACGAGCUGGCCAAACGCCAGGGCCGCGUGGUGGGGAUAAACUUUGUGUUCCUGGCCACCGACCUGAGCGGCGCGCUGUUCUCGCUGGCCUCGCUCGCCGUCGGCGAAAUCGAUACCAUGGGCCUGAUCCUGUACUCCAUUUGCGCCAGUCUCGAGAUCGGCAUCUUCCUCAGCCACGCGAUCUGGUGGCUGAGAAUCGGAAGAAAAGCAAGCUCCAAAGACGGAGAACUCACACAGGUCAACACAGAAACAGAAAAGAUCGUCGAAAAGAUCCCAGAUUCUGACGACAGCAAUCUGGACGCUUUCAAGUCGCCGGGAACUUUGGUGUAA